CACGGACAGAGCGCGGCCGAGGACCGCGGGGACGGGGCCGAGCCAGCCGGGCUCCGCGUCCUCACCCGGCGGAGCCGCCGGCCGAGAGAGGAAGGAUGAGAGCCCAAACUUGCUCCAGGUGACGGAUCCGAGGGCACCUGAGCGUCCUCGCGCAGACCUGAGGCAUGGCUUUGCUCAUCGCUUGGGUCUGCGUCGCUAUGAGCAUCGAGAAGGCGCUGGGGGGCCAAGGCGACGGGGGGGACCUCUACUCGGAAAACAUCACUCGCAUCCUCGACAAGCUGUUGGACGGCUACGACAACAGGCUCCGGCCGGGAUUUGGAGGUGCCGUGACAGAAGUCAAAACGGACAUCUACGUGACCAGCUUUGGGCCGGUGUCCGACGUGGAGAUGGAAUACACAAUGGAUGUCUUCUUCCGGCAGACGUGGACUGAUGAGAGGUUGAAGUUUGGUGGGCCAACAGAAAUUUUGAGAUUGAACAAUUUAAUGGUCAGUAAAAUAUGGACACCAGACACGUUUUUUAGAAAUGGAAAAAAAUCAAUUACUCAUAAUAUGACAACUCCUAACAAACUUUUCAGAAUUAUGCAGAAUGGAACUAUUCUUUACACAAUGAGAUUAACCAUUAAUGCUGACUGUCCUAUGCGGCUGGUGAACUUCCCAAUGGAUGGACAUGCUUGCCCUUUGAAGUUUGGAAGCUAUGCUUACCCAAAAAGUGAAAUAAUUUAUACAUGGAAAAAAGGACCUCUGCAUUCUGUAGAAGUACCACAGGAGUCUUCCAGUCUCCUCCAGUAUGAUCUCAUAGGACAAACUGUAUCUAGCGAAACAAUUAAAUCUAACACAGGUGAAUAUGUAAUCAUGACAGUUUAUUUCCACUUACAAAGGAAGAUGGGAUACUUCAUGAUACAGAUAUAUACUCCUUGCAUUAUGACAGUCAUUCUUUCUCAGGUCUCUUUUUGGAUUAACAAGGAGUCUGUUCCAGCCAGAACAGUCUUUGGAAUUACUACAGUUCUAACAAUGACCACUUUAAGCAUCAGCGCACGCCAUUCUUUGCCCAAGGUGUCCUAUGCUACUGCUAUGGAUUGGUUCAUAGCUGUAUGCUUUGCCUUUGUCUUCUCUGCACUUAUUGAGUUUGCAGCUGUCAACUACUUUACCAAUCUUCAGACUCAGAGAGCAAUGAGGAAGGCAGCAAGGGCAGCAGCACUGGCAGCAGCACUAUCAGCAGCAACUGUACCGGCAGAGGACGAGAUUGUCUCGCAUUCUGACUCCAAUUGUAACCUGAAGAAGCGAGUAAACUCCGUAACAUCUCAGGCAGAUCAGUCUCCUGAAGCAAGCAUAAUAUCAAACAGUGCAUCCCAGUGUCAACCUGUGUCUGCUCCUCCACCAGCCCCCCCAGCACCACCACCAGUUGGAGGCACAAGUAAAAUAGACCAAUAUUCUAGGAUCCUCUUUCCAGUGGCAUUUGCAGGAUUCAACCUGGUAUACUGGGUUGUCUACCUUUCAAAAGACACUAUGGAAUUUUUUGAACCUACUGCAAUGCACCUCCGAAAUGAUCAUCAGACCAACUGAAGAACAGCAGUGCUUAAAAGAAAUCACUGAAGGUCUUCUGGAGUUAAAAUAACUUCAAAGGAAACAAGCGCUCUCAGUUUUCAAACACUGAGCAUUCAUACUGGAUAUCACCUGGAAACAAACACUGGACAAAUAAAAAAAGAUUGAAACUGCACAGAGUUCCAACAAAAUUUUGAUUUCUUACGGUGAUUCUAAUAUAGAAUUUAUUGUUAAAUUAUUUCGUUCAGUGGUCAAAGAAAACAUUUGUAUUUCUUGUAGUUCUGUUACAAAUAAUUGAAUGUUUACAUUGAUAUAAAAUAUCAAUAAUAGAAUUAUUUCUCCUAAAUGCAGUGAGGAUUACUCAAGGAAACCACAUUCAGAACUCAUAUGAAUUAGCAUUCUUUCACUGAAAUGCAAGGACCCACACUAACGUGCAGUCAAAAUUGGCCCCAAAAUAAUGCUAAAAAUAUCCCAUGAAAGGGAUUUGAAGGCCCAUGGCAUUGUUGUAACAUUUUCAUAGAUCAGAUGUAUGAUGAAUCCUGUUUUUUUGUAAUUUAUCUUAAUUUCCUUUAAUCUGAGGCAAUUUUUAUGGGGGGAAAAAAAAAUAAAAGGAACAAAAUAGAAAGGAUUGGUUAUGUAUUUUAGCUGAUUAGUUACACUAUUUUUUUUGUUGUUGUUGUUGAGAGUGACCAAGGUAGUUUACAAUCUAAUUACAAGCAAUUUCUGGGCAGCAACAUCUGGAAGUACAGCACCGAUGCCAGAAAGUUUUCAUGGUCAAAAGCUGAACGGAUGGAAACAUGCAGCUACCCAUCAAGCUAAGUGCAAGAAAGCCUUGAUAGCUGAUUAGGGAACAAGAUCUGUUUUGUCAGCUGAUUCUUUGGACCUGCACAUAUCAGACUUCCUACAACUUCUUCCAGAGGCACAAUAUUGCCAGCAAAUUCAGAACUGAAAGGCAGUAUGGAUUUUAUUUCUCACUCUCAACAAAAGCUGUCACAUUUAUUUGGUUUAUCGUCCAUCUCCACAGUCCUUCUUAAUUACAUCAUUACGAAAUAUAUGCCUCAUCAAAUCAAAUUCAAGCCACCUUUGUUUAUACCUUUGCAGGUAUAAUGUACACUGGUGGGAAUCAAAAGCACACACAUCUUAGAUGUGGCCAAACAGAAAUUGAAGUAUACUGUCCUAAAAUUAUUUUAAGUGUAAUAUGAAAUGCUGCAUUGAUUUGAAAAAGUCAAGGUCUUUUGCCUAAGUAAAUAUCUUAGUCACUAAAAAAGUACUUAGGGGUUGGUCAAUGAACCCCAAUAAAUUGUUAAGCGCUCUGCUGGCUUCACUGACACUAGAAUAAUUGUAACUACCAGAUGAGCUACUGUGUAAUCAGUGAAUAUCAAUAUACAGAUGUUAUAAUUAAGAAAUAUACAGGAAAGUUAGGCUAAACAGGUUAUCACACUAAAGAAGAACUGAUGGAAACCUUACCCUUGUCCUGGGCUCACUGAAAAGACUCCGAGAGGAGCGAUCUCCGAAAGAGAUCCUACCCCGCUGGUAGUCAGCUCUUAAAUGGGAUCUAGGAGAGGUGCAGACAGGCUCCACACUUUCUGGUAGCACAGGAGAAUUGUUUUCACCUGUGCUCCCAGGCCUGACUCAUUGCUCACCUCAGGUGGUCAAUAAGAGGUUCAGGCCGUGAUUCAGCAGUUCUCAUACAGCUAGCUAGUUCCAACUGUUUUUUCUCAUGUUUCAAAAGAAGGAUGUAGCUUUUAUUAGUGUAGUAGCUGCACUGAACACAUGAAAUCACUUUUCUUCACGUUGUAUGACUUAGUUGCAGACAAUUUAAGUAGACUUGCAUCAGUAAUAACUCCUGUCUGCACAGAGAUGUCAUGUUUGUAAUUUGUUUUUUCCUGACUGGCAACAGGCUAAUACACUUGCAUAUAUUUUCAAACGCUCUAAAUUCUGCCUUCACUUUGCUUUGAAACCAAAAUUGCUCACGUCUUUCACCUUUUUAAACUAUAUAUUUUUUUAAAAUUGAACUGUGAUCAUUGCAAAAGAUCAUAUUUUAUAAUUUGUAAAUACAUUCACAAAAAGCAAAUUGUGCUGUUCAGACUUAGAGGUUAUUCUUUUUGAUUUAACCAUAUUCAUUCUUGCUCUGCAGACUAAUUUUCUAUUUUGAAUAUACCAGACUGUAAAAGUUUUCAGAAUGCUUUAGAAUUGGUUUUUGCACAAAAGUGGAAAUGUUAGGGGGAAAACAAGUUACACUGAAAAACCUCAGAUUUAUAUUGGAUAUUCUUUGCUCAAAAGAAAUUUAGAUAUGAAUUUUACAGCAAAUGCAGAAUUAUUAAACAGUCAGUAUUCUGUUGGAGCGUAGUACUUUAACAUACAAAAUAAGGAUAAUUUUCUAAUUGUGAAGUCCUAUUGUCACCAGCUUUUAAAAACCAGAGUUUUUAAUGCAGACAAGAUAUCUAAGGGUUUGUUCUCCCCAGCUGUUUGAAUAGUAGGAAGGGUCGAUGUAUUUAUCCUAUUAAAUACUUUGUUCAGAGUUCAUAUUCAAUCACAUUCAGCAUCAAUAAUGCUCAUAAUGUCAAGGUGUAUAUUGGAAUAUAUGAAAAUUAAUGUCAGUUCUUAAAAAUCCUGGUUAUGGUAAAAAUAACCAAAAAAGAUAUGCAGUAAAAAGAGCAGAUAGUGGUAAAUGUGUACAUAUAUAUACAUAUAUAUACACACAUAUACAAAGAACAUAUUUAUUUCUCUAUUUAGUGUAAGUUAAAGGAAAUUAAGGGAUUUUUUUCCCAUUACUUUUGACUGCCUUGCAAUAGGAAGAGCAGAAACUAAAGUUUCUGUAAAAUGGCACUUUUUACUGUGGGAAACAGGACAUUGUGUGGGAGAAGGUAAGCAAUUACCUUGCGCUGUCACACAGUGGCAAUGCAUUAUUCACCACUGUCCUAACUUCGUACCCAUCCCAGUAGAAGGGAUGCGUUGGUUUUAGCUCACAACCCUGCAAAAUUGUCAGAAUGUGGCUUAAAUUUAUCUUUCACAUGUUCUGCUUGAACCGAAAUGUGAGAAACACGAGAACUAAGAACACAGUAACAGAGUUAUAUCAUACAAAAUUACAAAUGUCAACUAGAUAAUAAUCUUUCAUAUCAUUGUGGGUUUUUCUCUCUUCCUCUACAUUUUUUCAUAAUUUCAAAACCAGAUGAAAAUUCAGAGAUUUAAUGUCUAGAAACUAUGCAAUGGCACACCAAGUCAUCCACUGCUGUGCUCAAAGACUAGCCAUCACCAGAACUAGCUAUCACCAGCUGGGAUAAAUCCAAGCAUUAAUGAAGCAUAGAUGUAACAUGAAUGUCCUCAAUAGGCUUUUCUUAUCAAGUACUGUCAAGUGUUUUGAUAUUUUGAUACAUCCUGUCAAUCUACCAGCUCAAUGUCUUUCUCUUGUACAUAGUAUACAAAAAUCAGAGGAGAUUUUAUUGCUGCUUAGUUAUUACAGUCUUUUUUUCUCUUUCAAUUCAUGAAAAGAACGCUCUCCAUUUGCUUAUUUGCUUUCUUUAUAAAAGUAAUUAUUGCAGGAUUCACCUCUUAUCAGUAAACGAAGCAUUUCAACUCUCUGCAUAAAUGUUGUCUAUCUGUGAAGACUGAAGUUCUUUAUCAGAAUGAGUGCAGUAAACUACUCCAUUCUCCAACACUUCAUCAAAAUCAUUACUCAGCCGUGGCUGAGUGGUGCUUGUGUACAAAGAAUAAAUAUCCAUAGAUUUUUUUCAGAAAGUGGUUUUAUACAAGUCAUGGUCACUGAGGGUCAGCAAAGUGUGUUGGAAGUAACAGUUGCUGAUAAAGCAUGAAUUCAGAUGUGUUUUCUGGUAUGCAAGCUGUAAAACAAGACAA